UUGCGGCACCAACGUACACCAAAUGGGUGUAAAUAUUACCGGAACCCCCUCCUCAGUUACACCAAACAGUUUCUGUAUCCAAUCAACAAGUGAAACGUCACUCAACUUUAUCCACCUCCACCCUCCCUUCCUCUGCCAAUCUAUAAAUCUAAAAUCGAAGUAGGAGCGGAGCAGGGAGUCUCUCCCACUUUUGGACGCGGUCUACUCCUUUGGGCUUGCGAUACAGAGAGCUGUUGAAGGAUGACGGGGAGCUGUCAGGUGGUGGAUGUGGAUGAUGAUGAGUAUGCCAAGCUCGUCAGGAGGAUGAACCCACCAAGAGGUGUAGGUUGCUGUCUUCUGAGCUUUUGAGUAGGGUUUAUCAUUUGUAGUUUGAUGCUCAUCCGAGAUUCAAAGGGUCGUGAUAGAUAAUGAUGCCUGUGAUCACGCUACUGUUAUUCGGGUGGAUAGUGUUAACAAGCAUGGGAUUCUGCUAGAGGUGGUUCAAGUCCUCACUGAUCUGAACCUUGUAAUCACGAAGGCUUAUAUUUCUUCGGAUGGAAGUUGGUUUAUGGAUGUAUUUAAUGUGACCGAUAGAGAUGGGAAUAAAAUAUGGGACGAAGAGAUCAUCUCUUACAUACAAAAGUCCUUAGGAUCGGAUGCUUGCUUCUUCCCCAAACUCAGGAGUUCAGCUGGUGUGAUGCCAUCGAAUGAGCACACCUUCGUCGAGCUGACUGGCACAGACAGGCCCGGCUUGCUAUCUGAAAUAUGUGCUGUGCUUGCAAACAGCAAGUGUAAUGUGGUGAAAGCUGAGUUAUGGACUCACAACGCCAGGGUUGCAGCGGUGGUUCGUGUCACCGAUGAGUCGACCAGGAGAGCAGUUGAGGACCCCGAGAAACUCUCCAUGAUCAAAGAGCUCCUCUGCAAUGUUCUCAAGGGCUCGAGGACCGCGAGUAUGACGGUCUCAAUGGGACACACUCACACCGAGAGGAGGUUGCAUCAGAUGAUGUUCAGCAAUCGAGACUACGAGAGAAUUGGUGCGACACAAGGAGACGAUAAAUCAUGGCCUCAGGUUGCUGUGAUGGACUGCUCCGAGAAGGAUUAUUCUGUAGUCAUCAUGAGGUCGAAAGACCGACCGAAGCUUCUCUUUGAUACUCUUUGCACGCUCACAGAUAUGCAAUAUGUUGUGCAUCAUGGCACGGUUGACUCAGGAGAGGAAGAAGCUUAUCAGGAAUACUACAUCAGACAUGUUGACGGGCACCCCAUAAGUUCAGAGGCCGAACGACAACGUGUGAUCGAUUGCCUCGAGGCAGCCAUCGAGAGAAGAGCUACAGAGGGAUUGGAGUUGGUGCUGAGGACAGAAGACAGAAUCGGAUUGCUUUCGGAUAUUACAAGGAUAUUCCGAGAAAAUGGCUUGACAAUUACAAGGGCAGAAAUUUCGACUGAGGAUGGAAAGGCAUUUGACACUUUCUUUCUUUCAGAGAUGUCGGGCAAUCCUGUGGAAGCCAAGACAAUAGAUUCAAUAAGUAGGCAGCUCGGGCACAUGAUUGUGAGGUUGAAGCAGAAUCCUCUUCUUGCUUCAAAGUCUCCUGAAGUUGCCGGUGCUGCCGGUUUCCUCUUUGGGAAUCUCUUCAAGGCUUCCUUUCAGAGCUUUUGGCUGGUUGGAUCCUCCUACUCAUGAUGAUUCAUGAUAGAUAUGACACCAAACAAAAUUCCAAAUGGUUAGCCGAUACAAGAAACUUUGGCACAGCACCACCACCCUCCUGUGGAGAGUUCCAGUUCGCCCUCGAAACUUGGAUAUGGAUCCAGGAACCAAACUGUAUGCUGAAGUUGAUGAAAGGAUGUGUUUGAUUUGCCUCUGUAAAUAGACACUAUUUAGGCUGUAAAGAACAUGUACAGAUAAAGAUGUACAGAAAUUUAUGAUGUC